CUUGCUGUGUGCACGGAGUUGUCCUCAGGCUUUUGACAGGAUUUCAUUCCUCACAGGAUAUUUACUCGCUACAUUUAUGUGACUUGUUUUGCUAUUCUUUAGGGGAGUUGAGGCAGAACUACGUGGAGUAAACACUGGCAAUUCUAAUCUUCUCAGAGGCUGAAAAAAAACUUCACGUCGUCGCAGGGAAUUAAAUAAAGUGCAGCCCGGGUGCGGGGAUGGAGCUGCAGAGCUUGCAGGAGGCCAUCAAAGUGGAAAUCCAAUGUCACCAGAAGCUUGCAGUCCGGAGCUGUCCUGUGGCAAGUGCCAAGGCCAUCCCUCUCAUCAAGGCACCCAGCAGCCAGGGCAUCUCAAUCUCUGUUGUUCCAGCCAAAGCUCCUGUCACCAUGGUUACUGCACACCUGAAUGGGCAGAAAACAUCUACGGUCUCUGCAACAGCGCACACAACUGAACCUCUACAAGCUUCCCCAAUUAAUCUGCAAACUAACAAACUGGCAGGUGGAAAUUUAAAUAUUGCAACAAGAAGGGUGUCAGAGAUGUCCCAUGUGCAGGUUAGGCCAAAGACGCUGAUCCCAGAAAGCCUCCCUAUUUCUCUGUGCAGAGAGCAGCCUUCCAAACAGCCUCCUACAUUUCAGAAGGCCACAGUUGUCAGCAUCAAAAAUCCAAGUCCUGCACUUCCAACUGCCAAUAAUACAGUCAGCCACAUCAAGACCUCCGGUAGCCAGUCACAGCAUGCUACAGAGGGUACUAUUUCAUCACCUAUUAACAGUGCAGGGGUAGCCUAUGCCAUUAUCUCAACUUCACCCAGCAAUGCAAAUCCAAUUAACACCAGCACAGUCUCUGUCGUCAAUGAUGGAAUCAAAGUUCAGCCACUUCUCAUCAGUGCCGACAGCAAAGUAGAUGCCCUGCGAUAUACAAUCUUGGGUCGUCCAGCUAAUGCAGUCUGGUGGGACAACAUCUCUGACCUUAUUUCUCAAGACGCUUCCCUUAAUGAAAUUCAGGAUAGCUUGAGAUGCAAACAACAUAGUGUAUUUGUUUCCACUGAUACAGAAAUCCAAAGUAAACGUCAUGAGCGCAAAAGAAGAAGCACAGCUAAUCCAGCCUAUAGCGGAUUCCUGGAGCCUGAGCGAAAACGUCUUGCCUCAACUUUUUUGAAUAAUCCCUUCUUAUCAGUAAAAGCAAAUGAGGAUCCAUAUUGGAAGAAUGAAAUCAAUCAUGAUGUGUUCUGUUCAGCAUGUAAACGUGGUAGCAGUUUACAACCAUGCAGCACAUGUCCAAGAGCUUAUCAUUUAGAUUGUGUAGACCCACCACUAAAGAUUGCUCCUAAGGGAAUUUGGGUGUGUCCAAAAUGCCAACAGAAGGUGUUAAAGAAAGAUAAUCUGCCAUGGACUGGAACAGUUGCUAUUGUUCAAUCCUAUGUGACACACAAAACAGUCAAAGAAGAAGAAAAGAGAAAGUUAUUAAAGAAAGGCAGUGAAUUGAAGAAUGAACAUAGACAGCUUGAAGAUCAAGAGCGGCUUCUGAAUAAUGCCAUUAAGAAAUGCUUAGAGGUGAAAAAUAGCUUGCUGGCCCAGCAGAAAAGGACACAGUCAUCGUUGGAACGCCUCAAAACUCUCAUUAGACUGAUACAGAGCGAGCAGAUGAUUCAGGUCACUAUGGCAACCAACUCCUCCUCUUUGCUAACUGUCCCUUGGAUCAAACCAUCAUCUGCCAUUGCUGUGACACACAAAAGCCUACAGCUGUCUCAGAGCAACUACCGACAGCCGGAUGAAACAAUAACUUUAAACUAAUGUCACCAACAUAGGACAAAGAACAGUCUGUCUUUUUUCUAAUUAAUAAGUACACAUAUUUGUGUACAACAAAACUUGCAAACACAUUAGUCCAGUAUGUAUGUUCAUGCUGCAGCGAUGUGUUCUGCACUUUAUGCCGACACCUACAGUGCUUAUGAUUUUUUUUUUAUUUUUGUUCAUUUUACUUUGGCCUUAAAAUAUUCUUUAUACAAAACAAAAAAAAUUUGCAAAAAAAUGGCCAAAUGGAUGAGUAGUGUCUUGAAAGGUGGUUUCUGCUUCAGUACCACUAUCAAUAAUAUGAUAUAAGAAUACAAAUUGAGUAGAUUUAGUAUUGAAGGGGAAAUCUAUUUUGGGGAAUGUGGGAGGGAAAUGGGAGUUCUUAUUCUUGGGACUACUUUAACCCUUUCAAAAUCGGCCACACUUAUUCAGGAGACUUGGUAAAAGGGGCUAUUUGAAAAGGGUUAUGUUACUAAUUCUCAGAGCCUUCAAACAAAAGUUGCUUUUUCAGUAUUAUUACAGCUGAGAUUUGCAGAUAUUUAAAAACUGUAUAAACUUGGCAUUUUUAGUGGAAUAUUGAAGUAUUUUCAUGCUGAUGCUUAUGUAUAUUUGUUCUGAAUUAUUUAAAAAAAAUGACUGUAAAACUCUUAAUUUUUUGCAGGUCCUUUUUACUUUUAUUACUGUUGAUGUAUUUUUCACAUUAAGGGUGUGUUUUUAUGUUAUUUUUUUAUGUGUGAAAGAUUUAGCAAAAUAACAGAGUAGAUAUCUUUGGAAUGCUGAAUUGUUUCAGUGUUGGUAAAUUAAACACAUUUUGUUUUUUAGUAUUAUACAUUUUUUUUUUUCUGCCAGUACAGACAAUAUGCCAAAAAUCUUUACCUUUUUGUACUGCAUUUUUAUUGUAAAAUAUGUAAUGUGAAAGGGAAGUAUGUUUUUAUUUAUUAUUUGUUUUGCCUGCAGGAAUAUCUGCAAUAUGGUACAGGAAAAAACUGCCUCAAGUGGAGUUUCUCAUUUUGCAUAUUACUUUAGUGUUUUGUUUUUUUUUACAGUAGAAGGGGCCAUAAAAAAUGUCUGCUUUUUUAUGUUUUAUUUUGUAGCUAAAACACAGUU